CAGACAGAAUAUUCGAUUGAAGUUGAAAGUGUUGUUGGUAACAAUAAUAAGAGGACUGGAAAGAUUAGAGGAAGAAUGAAGCAAGUAUUUGUAAUGGGAGGGUUAUUAUCGUUUUCAAACAUAAGGAGCGUCGUAUUUGAAACUGA